CUUCGAAACCGAGAGAGCUCCAGUUGGCGAGAUAAUCUGCGUUUAGGCCAUACAGCAUCAGAAUUCCAUUGCAUCUCCGGUUUUCGGCCAGAAUCAAGAUCUUGCCAGAUCUCGGGAUUUUUUUUAGAAAGCGUCCCCCAAAACGGGAUAUCCUAGCGCUAGCGUGACAGCUCAAUGCCUGAAUCUGACCACAAGCUGCGGAAUCGCGUCGUCGAUUCGAUCAGCAGGAGGGCCGAAAAUGCUCUCACGGAGGAUUAUGGCAAGGCGAGGGCAAUGGCCACCGACGCCGUCCAGAGCCGGGCAUAUCUCUAUCCCAUAAAGGGCAUCUUUUACUUCAUCGCCCACCGCAGCUUAUGGCAGCCGUUGCUCGACCGAGUUGUUCCUUAUGGCACGCUCACAGCCUCUGUGAUUGGCGCCAUGUUUGUCAUUACCUACCUUCCUCAGCUCGCUGUCAUGGCGCUUUUCAACGGCCCAUUAGCAGUGUACUCGACAGUCCUCCUCACGCUGAAUGAAAGUUCCAUCAUCAUUCACAUGAUAUCUCGCACCUGGCUGCUCCAAGAAUCUCUCAUGGACACUUUUGAUGGCACACUGGUUGCCAGAAACGCCACGGCCGUCGUCCAGCAAGGCCGAGAAGUCCAUGCUGGUAGUGACCCUAUGAAGAAGCUUGGAAAGGUAUUUAAGAAGCGAUUUGAGAAAUUGAGUCUCACGGCCAUGAUUCGAUAUGUCAUGUAUCUGCCUCUAAACUUCAUCCCUGUCGUGGGCACCGCAGCUUUUAUUUUUCUCCAUGGAAAACAUAGAGGGAACAUUGUACACAGCCGAUAUUUCCAGCUCAAGAACUGGUCUGAUUCACAGAGGGCACAAUGGAUCCAUACCCAUAGUGGUGCCUAUGCGUCCUUUGGUGUUGUCGCCACCCUUCUGGAGAUGAUCCCCGUGGUGUCUGUGUUCUUCUCCUACACAAAUACCGUCGGUGCUGCUCUUUGGGCUGCUGAUAUCGAGUCACAAAAUAACCCCAUGGUUAAAGAAACUGCUCCAAAGCUAAGACAAGCUGCAGCCGAUAGCUUUGAGUGAGCUAUGUUUCAUCCCCCGGCCGAUUAGGACUUUGCAAAGAUGAUGCCAAUGAACAACCAAGCUCACGGAACAGGGGUCAUUACGAUGUUUGCUAUCGCGCAAUCAGUUAGCUUUGUUUAUUUUCUAGUCACGAUUGAAACGCGGCAGGAUCUUCUAUUUAUGGAUAUUUCGGGAACACCCGUACUCCUUGACGGGGCUGAACCUGGCAACGUAGAUGAUUAGCUUGUAAAUUGAAGCGACUAGAUUUCGGUUUUUUAUGAGACAAAUCCUCAUUAGCACCAGUCCCACGGAUAUUUUCAACCAAGACUGUACCUCUUCU